AUGCCGCCGCCGUUGCCCGCGCCCGUCCCCCGCGCUGGGCAGUCAGGGCGCCAUCGCCCGGCAGCGCCCGUCUCUCCCCGGGAGCGAGAGCCGGAGCGCACGCCGACGCCGCCGAGUUGCUAUGGAGCUGAGACAAUGCGGGCCAGGCGGGCGGCGGCGCGCGCCUUCCCGGGGGCCCCGGGCCGCCGCAGCCAGUCCUCCUCCUCCUCCGGGGCAGGGGCGGACGCCGCCGCCAGGAGCCGGGGCACCCGCACGGCCUCCCCGGGAGAGAGACCCGACUCGCCCGGGCCUCGUGCCUGUGGUGCCCGCGGCUCCGGCCUGUUCCCGCGCAUCAAGACCGUGGCCGCACCGUCCAGGAAACUCGUGGGGUUCCCCUUAAAUCCAUUUCCUGUGCUGAAAGUGAAACAAUCUCUCUAAAUACGAAGAUGGCCUACUUAAAACCUUCAGUGGCUCCACAUUUGCCUCCUACACUGCGGGGGACAUCCAAGGCCUGGCAGGGUACUGCAGCAGAGCCAAGGGGAUUCCUGACAAGUUGGUUGUGGGCAUGAAACAAAAAGUAGCUGAGAAUAACUCCGAGGAUUCUGGCAUGAGCAACCAGAAGAAUGGGAUUGCCAUCAUCCGAGAUGGGAAAAGUUGUGAGUGGGCCAUGUUGUGGGGGAGAGUUUAAGAAGUGUAUGAGCCUUACAAGUGAAGGUUCUGAAUUUGCAGUUGAUAUAGAAGCCUGGAAGUUAGGAGAUGUAAAUUUGACAGCUGACCUAUA